CAGUAUCAAAAACAUGGCGGAACAGAGUGCAGAAAUUGGCUUCAAAAAGGACACAGUAAGCAAACUCUUGUCAUGUUUCUUCAAGGAGGAAAAAACCAAACUAAGUGGGGAUGCUGCGCUGCUCAUGGCAGAGAUGCUAAAAAUAUUUGUCCAAGAGGCUGCUGUGAGGUCACAGAAACAAGCUGAAUCUGAGGACUGUGACCAAGUAGAUAUUGAGCACUUUGAAAAGAUCCUACCUCAGCUGCUGCUGGACUUCUAGCACAGUGAUGCCACAAGGUGGAGCCACAGUGCUGCCUUCAUGUCCCUACUGCAGUCCUACAGCUUCAGUUCCUGCAACUACAAGUUCAGUUUAACUGGUGUUUAUUUUUUCUGUAUAAAUGCAAUUUCAUAAUCACCCAAAUCUGCGAUUACACUGGAAUUUUCAUUCUGUA